CGCCAAUACCAAAGAAUAUGUAACUUUCACUUUUUAUAUUCAUAAACAAAUUCAUCGCUUUUGUCUUGUCAGUUGUGUCUCAAGUGCAUUCAGCUUACGACGAGUCACGUUGUCGAUUCUGUCAAGUGAUUUUUUAAAAACUUUUUUUAUUGUUUAAAUGAAGAUGCAUACCUCACUAAUAUUAGCAGUACUGGUAGUAAAUGUAGCAUUCCUUACUCAUGCUGAACCUGCAGAAAAGUCAGAAUCAACCACCAGGGCGCCAAUAUCAGACGAAGCAUUAGAAAAGACACUGAGUGACAAAAGAUACCUUCAGAGGCAGCUAAAAUGUGCUGUGGGAGAAGCACCUUGUGAUUCUGUGGGCAGGAGACUCAAAAGCUUGGCUCCUUUAGUACUAAGAGGUUCUUGCCCCCAAUGUACCGAUCAAGAGCAAAAACAGAUUAAAAAAGUCCUUGCUUAUGUCCAAGUGAACUUCCCCAAGGAAUGGAGCAAAAUGCUGAAAACCUAUGCUGGAUAGAUUCUCAUUUAAAAAAUUGUUGGAAAGAAAAAAAAAGCUAAAAAAUACUAAAUUGUUUAUUUCUUGUCUUCUUGUAAGCAUAACUACAUAUGAAGAAGCUAAUAUAUUGUUCUAUUGUUCUAUGUAGUAAAAAACUAAGCCAUAUACAUCACACAUAAAUAAGUAAAAUAUAGAAAUAAAAAUUAACUAAAUAAGACAGUUAUGCCUAAGAUUAUUAUAUGUAUAUUGUGAUAUUUACUAAGUAUUUAACAAACCUUUAUUUUGAAAAAUGCAAUACAUAAUAUAAAUAAAAUUUUAAUAAGAUAUUGUUCUUUUUAAACGAAAAUAUAUAUAUUUCUAGUGUAUUUAUUCAAUAAUGAUAAUGCUAAAUACAAAUUUUAUACAAAAUA